AUAUUUCCUCCUUCCCUCUCCUUUAUACCAUACAUAGAAACAAUGCUCCUUUUUUCCCACUGAGCACUUCACCCCCAGCACAAAAUCCGUAAGAGUUGUAGAACUGGACCUGCUGUCUUAUCCACGUUCCCCCAACCCCACCGUGGUGGAGAAUGAACUUUACCUACAAGCUGCCAAGUACAAGCUAAGGAUUGAGGCAGAGAAGUUAAACUUCUAGAGAAACCGAAUGGACAAUCUCCACAACAGAUGGUAACAAAAAAAUCAUCCAGAUGGGGUGCAGGUGCUGUAAAAUGAUUCAAAGCUAUCUCUUUGAUCCAGUUCCACUGCCCUCUCCCGGCUACGACAAUGAAGUCAACAGCUGCAAGUUGGAUGAAGAGGACACUGUUAAAUUAAAAGGCAAACAGAGCAGCGAAUUCCUGGUGCAGAAGAAUGACCCUCCAAGGGAGGGCUUGAGGAGGACCCAGAGCAGAGCCAGAGGAACUGGUCCACAGGAGGCCAACCGGCCACAGCAAGGGUGGCUCCCGCAGGGGGACUCUGGAGGGGGAUACUUUGCAGAUGGUGCUGUCAAUGGCAUCAGCCCCACUGCUGCUCCGCAGCCCGGCGGGAAUCCCAGGCCCACCCAGGAUGGCAAGAACUCCUGGGCCAGUACUGCCAACAGCAUCCACCCAACUCAACCUUUCCUGGAAGCAGGGAGCACCGGGAACCAGGACCGUGCGCUGCCAGCCUUGGAAGCGACCCAAGUCACACACAGAGGAGACUCCAGAGCUCCUUCCAAGGCACAAACUCUCAGCUUAGACUCACAAGAGCUUGUCCCCCAGAUUCCAGCCCCAGAUUACCCUCAGCUAUGGGGUCCAGCUGUAGACAGUGUUGAUCAUGAAGAAAAAGAUUGUCUUUUCGAGAACCACACUGCAGAUGAGCCCCCGGAGGACUCUCCCCCUGGGGUGGGAGAGCAUGGUUUAAACAUGCCCUUCUCGGUAAAGAGGAGCUGGGAUUCAUUAAACGAGGCUGUGGCCACAGAAGUUCUAAAUGUCUACUUUAAAGAGGAGGGUCCUGCUCAGGCCAUGCCUGUGGGUGACUCAGGAAACAGGCAGGAGGAUGACCGUGGCUCCGACAGGGACGGGGAGACAGUGGAUGAGGACGCAGCAGUGGCAGAAGCCCUUGCGGCUUUAGAAGCUGCUACCGCAGGAGAAGAUGUGGAUGAGACAGAUUAGGAAAGGGGAUGUGUGCAGGCAAGUAAGCUAGUGCAUGCUGAGCGUGUGAAGGGUCAUCCGCUCCACGAAGCGGAGCUGAUAAUUCUGCCAGCAUGCACCCGUGCAGCCUUACCAGUUGUUUACAUCCAGCAUCAGUACCUGUUCUAAUUAUCAGUACCGCUUGUUAAGUAUCUGUAACAAGGCUCUGUGUAUUUCGGAUGCCAGAUUAAAAGUCUGCAUGGGUCAUUAUGCCCACGUCCACAGCAAAUGCAGAAAUGAAGCAGCCUGCUUGCCAACACUCAAAGCUCUCCAGAACACCUGUUACUCUGUAGAACGCGCUGAGAUCCCAACACUUAGCCUCACAGAGUGUUCUGCUUGACUAUAAAUUCCUUACCUGGCUUUUGAGAGCCAAUCAUGGUACCCAAGCCUGGAAAAGGUAACUACACCACUUAAAGUGCCUAAUGUGUCCCCAGAGCGUGGCUUUUAACUUCAGGGACAAUUGCCCAGGGAACUAAUAACUAACCACUUGUUCAACAGCAAGUUAAGUCCAGCAGCUUUCUGGGUGGAGAAGUCACAGGUAAACAAAUGGUUAGUCAUUGCUGUGAUGGGAUUUUAAAGAUACCUUGACCUUAACUUUUUUACAUUAUUACUUUUUAAUCUCCUUUGGGGUUGGGGAGGCUGGCCAAAAUGAUUCUUAAAACUGCUUGUGUCAUAUUUGGGGUUUAAGUUCAUGAGUUUCAGAACAGCAAAGCCAUAUACGGAACUUUUUUUGCCAUUAAAUAUCUGAUUCUGAUUAAAA